AUGAGCACACGCGUCACCAGAGCCGAAGCACGCAGGAGGAUGGCGGCCCUUCAGGAACCUCGCCCGGGGCAAGGAUGGUCGGAGACCCGGCCUACCCGAGCUCCGCGGCUGGCCCUGGAGCGGACCCGAGACGAGGACUCCGCACCAGAACCCGCGGUGAGCUCCGACAGCGACGUGGAGGUGGUCGGCGAUCCCGCCGUCGAGGAGAGAGAGUGGCGACUCCGGAAGGCGGCCGAGGAGCGAGGAUGGGGAGGAGCCAUGCGCGCCAUCCCCUCCGCGGUGGUUGCCAGAGGUGCCACCCACUCCCCGCUACGAGGGGGAGUGGCUCACAGACGACGCUCGAGACGGCGACGGAGGAGCACCGUUGGCCACGUCGCCGUGGAGGCCGGCCCGGCCACCCACGCCGCGAUACACCGAGCCACAGCGACCGGAGGAGCAGACGCCAAGCGAGGAGUCGACCGCGCAGCCGAUGCCAGAACCGCACGAGGAGGCAGUCCACCAGGCAUAGGCGGAGGAGCAGGCGGUGGUGCGGACGGAGGUGCCGGCCGCGCACGUAAGCCACAGCACGCGGGCGUUCGUGGCCGAGGGCGUGCGGUGGCGGCAGCAGACGGUGGUAUGGACGUGGCCCGAGGGGCCCGCGACGGUACCGACGAGGGAGGAGCCCAGGAUAUGGGAGGAGGGCGUCCACAAGGUGAAUCCUCGGGAUCCCCGGACGAGAGGCCGGCAGGAUGCGUGGGUUCCGCCGACACCAAGCACGGGCCCGCCAACACCGGCGACGACGGCAGCGACGGGGGAGGCGGAGUCGCUGGAGAAGGGACCGUGGGUGUGGCCCGAGCCACCGGCCACCCAAAGACCGCCGUUGCAGCGUCAAGCUUCGACGCCCGGAUCGACGCGCCUGCGGCCGCAGUUCAUGCGGCAAGUUUCGGCCCCGGAAGAAGGCGGUUGGCGCGAGGUCGCCAGGAGCGAGUGGCCGGAGGGAAUUGA